AUGGCAGAUGUUGAACCCGAGGUCGCCGCACAGGGAGUGCCAAAGAAGAGGACAUUUAAGAAGUUUAGUUUCAGAGGCGUUGAUCUCGAUGCGCUCUUGGAUAUGUCCACUGAUGAACUCGUCAAGCUCUUCUCAGCUCGUGCACGUAGAAGGUUUCAACGUGGUUUGACCCGCAAACCUAUGGCACUAAUCAAGAAGCUCCGCAAGGCUAAACGUGAGGCCCCUGCUGGUGAGAAGCCUGAACCUGUGAGGACUCACCUCCGCAACAUGAUCAUCGUGCCUGAGAUGAUCGGUAGCAUUAUUGGUGUCUACAAUGGGAAGACCUUCAAUCAAGUUGAGAUUAAACCUGAAAUGAUUGGCCACUAUCUAGCUGAAUUCUCAAUCUCAUACAAGCCUGUUAAGCACGGUAGGCCCGGUAUUGGUGCUACUCACUCCUCCAGGUUUAUUCCUCUCAAGUGA